UAAAAGCAGCUCUGCGUCUGCGUCUGACAUUUGACCCAGCUGUGCUGAGGUUGUCAUCGAUUAUCUUAUUAGAUAAGACAUUGCAACAUGGGAGCUGAAGCUGAAAGAUCCAGGGGCUGAUGAGGCCACGUGCAAGCGAAAGUUUGGGGUCCAUGGCUAAUGAAACGCAGAAGGUUGGCGGCAUCCAUUUUCCUUUUCCCUUCACGCCUUAUUCCAUCCAGAAAGACUUCAUGGCAGAGCUGUACCGGGUUUUGGAGGCUGGCAAGAUUGGGAUAUUCGAGAGUCCAACUGGCACUGGAAAGUCCUUAAGUCUUAUUUGUGGGGCCCUCUCCUGGCUCCGUGAUUUUGAGCAGAAGAAGCGCGAAGAAGAGGCACGGCUCCUUGAAACUGGAACUGGCCCCUUACGUCAUGAGAAAGACGCAUCCCCGUGUCUGUCAUCUUCCUGCGAAGUGGCCGCAGGCACCCCGAGGCCUGCUGGGGAACCAGCCUGGGUGACUGAGUUUAUGCAGAAGAAAGAAGAGAGGGACCUGGUGGACCGACUGAAGGCGGAGCAGGCCAGGAGGAGGCAGCGAGAAGAACGCCUGCGGCAGCUGCAGCACAGGGCGCAGCUCAAGUAUGCAGCCAAGCGCCUGAGGCAGGAACAAGAAGAAACAGAGAAUCUCCUCCGCCUCAGCAGAGAGAUGCUGGAGACAGGCCCGGGGGCUGAGCGGCUGGAGCAGCUGGAGUCUGGGGAGGAGGAGCUGGUCCUUGCCGAAUACGAGAGUGACGAGGAGAAAAAAGCAGCGAGCGGAGUGGAUGAGGAUGAGGAUGACCUGGAGGAAGAACAUGUAACUAAGGUUUAUUACUGUAGUCGGACACAUUCCCAGCUGGCCCAGUUUGUGCAUGAGGUGAAGAAGAGCCCCUUUGGCAAGGAUGUCCGGCUGGUGUCCCUCGGCUCCCGGCAGAGCCUUUGUGUAAAUGAAGAUGUGAAAAGCCUGGGUUCUGUGCAGCUUAUCAACGACCGCUGUGUGGACAUGCAGAGAAGCAGGCACGGUAGCCACCGGGACCAUGGCAUAGCCGCAGAGAAGAAAGGAGCUGAGGAGGAGAAGCCAAAGAGAAGGAGGCAGGAGAAGCAGGCUGCCUGCCCCUUCUACAACCACGAGCAGAUGGACCUCCUUCGGGAUGAGGCCCUGGCAGAGGUGAAGGACAUUGAGCAGCUGCUGGCCCUUGGGAAGGAGGCCCGGGCCUGUCCCUAUUACGGAAGCCGCCUUGCUAUCCCUGCAGCCCAGCUGGUGGUGCUGCCCUAUCAGAUGCUGCUGCAUGCGGCCACUCGAAAGGCUGCGGGCAUCCGGCUGCAGGACCAGGUGGUGAUCAUCGACGAGGCACACAACCUGAUCGACACCAUCACAGGCAUGCACAGCGUGGAGGUCAGCGGCUCCCAGCUCUGCCAGGCCCAUUCCCAGCUGCUGCAGUACAUGGAGAGAUACAGGAAGCGUUUGAAGGCCAAGAACCUGAUGUACCUGAAACAGAUCCUGUAUUUGCUGGAGAAAUUUGUGGCCAUGCUGGGAGGGAACAUUAAGCAAAACCCCAGUACACAGAGCCUCUCCCAGACAGGGACGGAGCUGAAGACCAUCAACGACUUCCUCUUCCAGAGCCAGACCGACAACAUCAACCUGUUCAAGGUGCAGCGGUACUGUGAGAAGAGCAUGGUCAGCAGAAAGCUCUUUGGCUUCACGGAACGGUACGGAGCAGUGCUGCCAUCUCGGGAGCAGCCCAGAUUGGCGGGGUUUCAGCAGUUCCUACAGAGCCUGCAGUCCCAGGCAACUGAAGCCCCUGCAGAUGAGAGUCAGGCCAGCGCCCCACGACCAGCUUCCCCACUGAUGCAUAUCGAAGGCUUCUUGGCAGCUCUCACUACGGCCAACCAGGAUGGCAGGGUCCUCCUGAGCCGCCAAGGCAGCCUCAGUCAGAGCAGCCUUAAGUUCCUGCUCCUGAAUCCAGCUGUGCACUUUGCGCAGGUGGUGAAGGAAUGCCGGGCAGUGGUCAUUGCAGGGGGCACCAUGCAGCCGGUGUCUGACUUCCGGCAGCAGCUGCUGGCCUGUGCCGGGGUGGAACCUGAGCGCGUGGUGGAGUUUUCCUGUGGUCACGUGAUCCCUCCAGACAACAUCCUGCCCCUUGUCAUCUGCAGCGGGAUCUCCAACCAGCCGCUGGAAUUCACGUUCCAGAAAAGAGAGCUGCCCCAGAUGAUGGACGAGGCGGGUCGCAUCCUCUGUAACCUGUGUGGUGUGGUUCCUGGAGGGGUGGUCUGUUUCUUCCCCUCCUACGAGUACCUACGCCAGGUCCACACCCACUGGGAGAAGGGUGGUCUGCUGGACCGCCUGGCAGCCAGGAAAAAGAUAUUCCAGGAGCCUAAGAGCACACACCAGGUGGAGCAGGUGCUGCUGGCCUAUUCCAGGUGCAUUCAGGGCUGUGGCCAGGAGAGAGGCCGGGUGACAGGGGCGCUGCUCCUCUCUGUGGUUGGAGGAAAGAUGAGUGAAGGCAUCAACUUCUCUGACAAUCUAGGCCGGUGUGUGGUGAUGGUGGGCAUGCCCUUCCCCAACAUCAGGUCUCCAGAGCUGCAGGAGAAGAUGGCCUACUUGGAUCAGACCCUUCCCAGAGCCCCAGGCCAGGCGCCCCCAGGGAAGGCUCUGGUGGAGAACCUGUGCAUGAAGGCCGUCAACCAGUCCAUAGGCAGAGCCAUCAGGCAUCAGAGGGAUUUUGCCAGCAUAGUGCUCCUGGACCAGCGAUACGCCCGGCCCCCUGUCCUGGCCAAGCUGCCGGCCUGGAUCCGAGCCCGCGUGGAGGUCAAAGCUGCCUUUGGCCCUGCCAUUGCUGCCGUGCAGAAGUUUCACCGGGAGAAGGCGGCCUCUUCCUGAUGGGCAACCACACCACUGCCUGGCGCCGUGCCCUUCCUUUGCCCAGCCCGCUGGAGACGGUGUUUGUCAUGGGCCUGGUCUGCAGGGAUCCUGUUGCAAAGGUGAAACCCAGGAGAAAGGUGGAGUCCAGAAUGCUGCCAGGACCCAGGCACAGGCAUUAGCUCCCACGGUAAAAAAUGGGAGAAUCCUGAAGAAUCAGUGGGUCCUGGCUGUCCUUGGGGCCUUCCAGGGUAGCUCCCUCCUGGAACAGAAUCUUUCUUUCCAUCCUGCAUGGCCAAGAGGCAGGCUUCCUGCCUGGUCUCUGCAGGAGACUGUGGCAACUGUGUGGCCGUCACUGGGGCAUCUCCGUCCUGCCUACCUUCUUAGAGGUGAGAUGGAGCAGGCCCAUCUGCCUCUGCCCUUUCUAGCCAAAGUUAGCUGCCCUGGACAGCUCACUCUCUGGGCUCGAUUUAAAAUGAUCCCGUGGCCACAGGGCUUCUGCCCAGGGGCUUGUCACCUUCCCCAUCCUCCUGAGUUACUCUUGUGUGUGGUAGGUGGGAGUGGUGUCACCCCCAGGGCUGAUACAGCCGCGUCUUCCCUGCUGUGCGGGCAUCUCCUGACCCCUCCACAGAGGCUGGGAUGCCCCCACCAUACCUUUUCGAUCUUCCCUGUGGUGUUAUCUGGACCCCUGCUGCUGGAUUUGGCCAUGAAGCCUCCUGGUCUGGAUCCAAAGCCUGGCAGGGUCUUUUCUAAGGGAAAAGACCUGUAGCCCUGCUCCUAACCGGCCCCACAGCCCUGCCUGGAUUUGUAUCUCCCUGGCUUGGCGCCAGUUGCUCCAAGUCAGUAGCACCUCCCUCCCCUUCAACCACUGGAGCAAACUCCAAGACACCUUCUACCCCAACACCAGGAAUGAUGCCAAGGGCCAUUGGGCUCUCAGCAUGACUAUUUCUAGAGACCUCAUGUUGUCACUGAGACCUUUUUUCCUGUGGGAAAAUGUCCCUCCCACCUGCAACAGCUGCCCCUGCUGACCACUCAUCUUCUGCCUCUGACCCCAGCGAGAGGGGCUGUGGCCUGCUGGGAUCUUCUGCCGCCAUUGUCUAGAGACCAACAGGGGCAGGAGGAAAGUCACUGAUCCCAGGUGUUUGCACCCUGCACAGCUACAAGUCCUUAAUUAAAAGUGCACUGUUGGUUUCUGCU